AUGGGAAAUUCGAUCUCUCCCAGCUGUCUGCGAUGGAGAAUUAUUACUUGUAGCCGCCGCUCCUCCUCCUCCGUGAAACUCGUCUUCUACGAAGGCACCACCAGAAUUCUCACCGGAAAACACGUCGCCGGCGAGAUCAUGUUCCAGUUUCCCGAUCGGAUCGUCUGCCACGCCGAUUCCUUCUUCAUCGGCCAUCCGCUCCCCGCCUUGGCCAUGGACGACCAUCUCCUCGCUGGCCACACCUACUUCGUUCUCCCCAUCGAUCGCUUCCCCUCCGAUGUUCCCUCCACGUCAUCACUCGCCGCCCUGGGUGGAGGCGCCGCCAAAUUCUCCGGCGAGUGUCCGUUUGAGUAUCUCCGGGGCGCGAAUGGGAGACUUCUGAUUAAGGUCGUCCCGGAGUUCAUUAUGAGCCUCGUUUCUCCCGCGGCAGCUGCCGGAAGCCCUGGCGACGGCGACGGCGACGGCGGCGGCGGAGGUAGUUUUUUGUGUAGUACGCCGGAGUUGCAGAAGCAUUACGACCAGCUUGUUGGAUCGAAAGGGCAAAUGUGGUCGCCGAAACUGGAGACGAUUUCGGAGUAUAAAAUUAGGUAUUCGCCCUGUAAAUUUGUAGGCUUUAAACUCAAGCAAAAAGAAGGCUAAUUAAUUUUCCUUUUUUUUUAGAUAAAAAAAUUAAAAUUCUUCUUCUUCUUCUUCAUUAGAAAUUUAGAAUGAUAUCUGUUUUUUACUAUCAGCUUCUGGAAUUGUACAAAACAGAUAGGAGAAGUUAUAUUAUUGGUUAAAAUAGUGUUCUG